AUGGCGAGCCCUAAGCCAAAAUUCCGCGUGGUGAUUGUGGGCGGCUCUAUUGCAGGGUUGACUCUGGCUCACUGUCUGCUGAAAAACAACAUUGACUUCGUGGUACUUGAGGCUCAUAGUGAGAUUGCACCUCAAGUUGGUGCCUCGAUUGGCAUUAUACCCAACGGUGCUCGCAUCCUGGAUCAACUGGGCCUGUUCGAUGACAUUUUGACCACCACGGAGCCCAUGCGGGAGUCGUUCUUCUGGACGGAAGAGGGAAACCUGAUUGUCCGGAAUGACACGCCGCAACUCAUACAUAAGAGGCAUGGUUAUCCUAUUGCAUUUGUUGAUCGUCAGGUCGUACUCAAGGUCCUCUACGAUCAUCUUGCGCAACAGCAAGACCGUGUUCUUGUGGGCAAAAAAGUUAUCAAAGUCGAACAUUUGCAUGGAAAGGUCAAGGUUCACUGUGAAGAUCAUUCGGUCUUCGAUGGUGAUUUGGUAGUGGGAGCUGAUGGGGUACGGAGUAUUGUUAGACGGCAAAUGUGGGACUACAUGGACUCUAGGGGUCUUGAAAGAGAGGCGCUGGGAGAAAGAAAUGCAAUGACGUCUGAAUAUAGCUGUGUGUUUGGCAUCUCAACAGCCGUCAAAGGCUUGACCCCUGGAAGCGGACACCGAACCUUUGGCAAGGACUUUUCGUUCCUGACUCUGGUCGGUAAAGAGGGUCGGGUGUACUGGUUCUUUUUCACCAAGAUGGAUCGAGUCUACUCCGCCUCUGAAAUCCCGCGGUUCCACCAGAGCUCGAUUGACGAGCACGUUGCCCCCUACCUACAAAGGCCAAUCCGCGAUACCGUCCCUUUCGCUGCGGUGUAUGAGAGAGCUAUAACCCGGACUUUCCUAGCAUUGGAAGAGGCUGAAUAUAAGCAUUGGGCCAUCGAUCGGUGGGUUUGUAUUGGAGAUUCUGCUCACAAGAUGACCCCAAAUAUGGGGCAGGGCGGAAACAGCGCCAUUGAAAGUGCCGCAUCCCUCGCCAAUAGUCUGGCUAGCUUGAUUGAGGCCUCCCGUGAUUCUAGAGUCUCAGCAAAGGAUCUAAACGACUACCUGCAGCCGUGGCAGACGAAACGCCAGGAUCGGGUGAAGGACAUUUUCAAGAAAGCCCACGAGCUCACUCGACUUGAGGCAUUGGCUACGUGGAAGGAAAAAUGCAUUGCACUCUAUCUUUUCCCAUACCUCACCAACUACCUAGCCGAUGGGGCAUCCAAGACUAUCGUGGGUGCCACAAAGCUCGACUGUGUACCACUACCACCGAGAUCAUUGCAGUGUACGAUGCCAUUCACCAACUUUCAUCCGCCUCGGGAUGACCCGAUCUGGAAACGGGCCCUGUGGACGCUACCAUUGAUCGGGAUAUACGCUGUUGGAAGAGCCACUGCACUCCGGGUAAUUUUGAACACUCGACCUCAUUUGUAUCCACUCUUUAAGGAAGGAACAUGGACGGCAGGUAAUGGAGAGACCCUUAGUUUAACCAAGCCCCUCUACCAUAACCUCUUCCUGGACAAGUUAUUCAGGCCUCUGAUUACUUGCUUUUUGCCGUCAAUCACGGGGUCUGAUCUGAAUUCACGAGUCCAAAUGCUUUCAUUCAUGACAGAUCUGGGGACUGUAUAUGGAAUUUGGCUAUUGGAGAGCUAUCGCAAUGCUCACUCCUGGGCCAACGUCCUUCUCCCCUUGACAGCGGGUACGAUAUUCCAACUAAAGGGGAUUUGGAUGGUUGCUCCAUUCUAUUACGCCCUGGAGUACUUGAUAACACCACUGUCCACUCUACUGUCAGACAGCAAUAGCAAAGGCAUCGAUGCUACCACCGCAGAAUCGCUGGUCCUGUCGACGUUGGCCGGAUAUUACUCCACCACCUUUGCCAACUUCUUUGCACCGAGUCUUCAAUCACGCCAAUGGUACAAUGCGAUGUGGCAGGUCUUCCCCGUAACAAUCCCUCUCCUUCAGGUCCCCUUCUCACUUGCGAGACGGUGGCUCUCCCCCUCUCCGCCACCCAAAGAAAAGACAGACAGAAAGCAACAGCAGAGAAAGAGAAGACAAAACAUCCGCUACGCGUACGGGACAUUCGCUCUGAUCUCAGGCCUCACAUUCAUCUAUGGCCGGCUCACAGCGCCACCGGGCGUUUCGUUCUGGAGUAAUUUCGUCCCGAGUCUGCGGGAUCAUUUGGCCCCUGUCACGUCUUUCAGUGACGGGAUCGCACGAUUUUUGCAAUACGACGAAGUGCUCUCCAUGGCGAGUGCGUAUGUAUGGCUUGCACUGCGUUUCCGCGAGCUAAAGCGGGCGGGGGCUCGGUUUUCUUGGACUCGAGCUGGGAGCGCUUUCAUUGCGUCUUUGUUGGCUUUGGGACCGGGAGCGACGUUUGCUCUGGGAUGGGGGUGGCGCGAGGAGCUCCUGCACCAGGUGGCUAAGGAGUGA